AUGGUGCAAGAAGCGGCACAGGCACAGGCAUCCGCGCCCCCGGUCAACGAGGCGAGGGGCCCCGCGCUGAGCGCGUACUCGAAGCCCGCCGAGAACGGCAACGGCACAUCUGCCGAUCAAGUCGACAGCGACGAUGAGAGCGAUGUCGACGCCUGGGACCUUCUACUGGAGCAGGCAGAGGAGAGUGAACCUACGACCGAAGGCAAGGAUGAAUGCACCGUCGACGAAGCGCGCCAGAUCCGCCAGCGUUUACACAAAGUCGGUGCAGACCAAUUUGUCAAGGAAUACAUUACCAGCGACCGAUAUACGGCGCGGAAGCUGCUGUCAGCAUUCAACGUGCGUCUCCCACAUGGGUUCUUGGACGAUGAACCAGACGAGGCCUUCUACGAGCUGCUGGGUCGGGCUAUCUGUCGAGAGCUUACGAAACGACUGCGGCUGCCUCAAUACAAGACCAUCGAUGAUGCGGCCAAGUUGCUGCAGGAGCGCAAGAACAUCAUAGUCAUUACAGGAGCAGGCAUAUCGACGAGCCUCGGCAUCCCCGACUUCCGCUCAAAGACCACUGGCUUCUACUCCGAGUUGCGCGAGAUGGGCUAUGACGAGCCUGAAGAUGUCUUUAACAUUGACAACUUCGAUACGGAUCCAACCGUGUUUUACAAGCUCGCUGGUAGGAUAGUGCCCGACCUGAAGAAGUGGUCACCUACGCAUCAGUUCAUUCGGACAUUGCAGGACAAGGACAAGCUGCUUACGAACUACACUCAAAAUAUCGACAAUGUGGAAUCGCAGGCUGGCAUAAAGCAGGAGAAGCUCAUCCAAUGCCAUGGAUCUUGGGCAAUGGCCACAUGCCGAAAGUGCGGGUAUAAGGUUCCUGGGGAGGAUAUCUUCGACGCAGUGCGCGCCCGAACACCCGCCCAAUGCAAACAGUGCACCGAGAGUAUCGCUAUACGGAAGGCCGGCAUGAAGCGCAAGCGGAGCUCGAACGGCUCAAAGAAACGUCGAGGACCAGGCGAUUUUGACGACUCUGAUUCAGACGGCGCAUAUGACAUUCCGGAGCCCGGCAUCAUGAAGCCUGACAUCACCUUCUUUGGCGAGCAACUUCCCAACAAUUUCUUCACUCGCCUUAAGGAGCACGACAGAGAAAAGGCUGAUUUGGUUAUCGUAAUCGGUACCAGUAUGAAGGUACAGCCGGUCUGCGAGAUACCCAAUUGGCUGCCGCGCGACGUGCCCCAGAUUUAUAUUUCGCGAGACCCAAUUCGGCAUAUCAACUUCGACAUCAACCUUCUCGGCGAUUGCGAUGUUGUUGUCGCUGAGCUUGCUCGCCGAGCGGGUUGGGAUCUCCAACACAAAAUGAUACCCCAGGACCAGCGGAUAGAAGUUUCCACUGUUGAUGAGGUUGAGCAUACAUACAAAGUCAAGCAGUGUGCAUAG